GAUCACUGUGCUUUUUAUUUCAGACUCCCACACAGAGAGCAGAGCUGACACGCGAAACGGAGACCAUGUGAAGCCGUUCUGUGAAAAAUGUAACGUUCUUCAGAGACCAGUCUAUGAACUUGUCAAACCAACAAAAAUCUGUGAAAAUCGAUGGCAGUUGACACUAGAGGAGGAGGGAGUGUAUGAGUGCUCAGAGACCGGGCUGGUGUUCGAGGUGUCCGAGAAGGUCCGGAUCCGCUACCGUGUCCUUUCGUGGAGCAAAUUCGGCGCUUUCCUGAGUGACUCGUGGAAGUUUGCCGGACCUAUUUUUGAUGUGGACUGUGAUCCUACCAUGCUCAAGUCUAUCCAGUUUCCUCAUUCACUCUGUCUAGCAGAUCAAGACAAUGAAGUAAAGUUCAGCGUCCUGCACGUGAAGGACGAGCGAGGCCUCAUCGAGCCGUCCGUCGAUCACUCGCGCAGUCACAUAAAGUGGAACGUGUCGUCUCUGUCUCCAGUGGGCCCGGUCGUGCAGACGUCGAAGCCAGCCGAGCACCACGGGGUGGUCCAGGUCUAUAAGGAAGUGGGCCAGCAGGACUCGUACUCGUUCAGGGUCUACCUCGCUACCAACAACGACUCCGACAUCGCUGACAUUAGAAAGGAGGUAAGAACCGCAAAGAAAAAGUACAUGAAGAUCGAAAAGCCGCCUCAGUGCCAGAAGCUGCUGGAGGAGAACAGGAAGUACCGUCUGAUCAGCGAGCCCCAGGGGGACAUCACGCCCGAGGACAUCCAGUUCACACUGGCUGUGGUGAAGAUGAAGGGUUACUUCGAGGCAUUCUUCGAGCAGCGACCUCCGUUCAAGCUCUCCCUAAUCGAAUCAGAGUCCGAGCAAACCGUGUGGUCGGCUACCAUUCGAGAAGGGGACUGUAUAGAGAAUGCUGUUGAAAAACCCCGAAGUCGAUCAUGCAGUCGGAAGCGAAACUCCAGCAUGUCGGACACGGAGCCGAUCUGUAAGAAAUCUCGCUGGUGUGAUGAGUCAGACGGUGUGAGUAGUAAAGACAAUAAUAAAUACAUGAGCGAUCAGGAGCUGAUGCAGCUGGCCAAAUGCUUGGGGAAGGAGUGGAAAGUCGUGGCUAUUGCCUACCUGAAUCUAACCAAACAAGAUUUGGAGGAGAUCGAAAUGACGAACGAGCUAUCGGUCAUGAUGAAUUUCAACAUGCUGUAUCGUUGGAGGAGUCGGCAGCCGAAGGGGGAGGCCGGAGUCACGCAGCUGUACGAGGCACUUAACCAGGAAGACGUGCCCAGAGAGGUCAUUAACAAACUGGAAGAUAUGCAGCGCAGUGAUUCCCCCAAAUAAGUCCAGGACUUUCUUGGAUGGUUGUUUUUUUUUAUUUUCUAGAUCAUCUCAGCCAUGCAUUCUGGAGCCUUCAGCUUUAAAGACUGUAUAUCUCUCAGGGUCUGUCCUAUUUCAGAAUCUUUUUUUGUUUGUUUGUUUGUUUUUUUUGGAAGUAUUCUGUCUAAAAUUUUCAGCUUCUUUUAGACAGAUUUGUGGGAAGCCAUUGUUCAUAAAUGGGAAAAUGCAGGCCAUUUAUAUUAAUUCUCUUAUUAUGAAGCAAGGACGAAGCCGAAGUACACAAUAAUGAUGUCGAUAAUAAUGGUGCUGCAAAUUAGAUCACGAGAGCUCAGCUCUGUAAUUACUUGAGUGUAUAGGUUCUGUAGGUCCUGUGUAUUUUUGUUGUUGUUGUUCGUGUGUCAAUCUUUUUUAUCAUGUUUUUGUCAUGGCUUUACCACUCCAAACUUUGUGUUGACUCAGAGGAGCGCCCAAUCAUGUGCACGCUUUUGGAGCAUUUGGACCAGUUUGUGUUAACUCUAAAAUAUUCCUUUUUUUUCUUUCAAUUGUGGCAGCAAAAAAGCACUGGUAGCUUUUUAAAUUCAGUAACACUUUCUGUGAAGGCUAAAUGUCAUUAUACAAAUUGCUAUAUAUACUGUAUUUACAACAGAAGAGCAUUACAGUUAUGCUUUUAUAAUGCGUUCAUGCAUUUGCUGAUAAAAUUGAGUGGCCUUGUAUUAUCAUUGCUACACCUUCCUAUAAUGCAAAGUUGGCCUUGAUAAUAUGAUGAAUUAUUAACUAAUGCAUCAUGCACAAUAACAAUAGAUAGCGCAUAAUAAGUAUAACUGCGUUCAAUGUUUAUCAUUGACACGACCUUCACAGAUUACAGUUUUACUGAAUUUUUUCUUUUAAAAAAAAAAAAAAAUGUUGUAAUGUAAUGUAAAUAGUCUGUGUAUUUUUAGGUUUUUGUAUAUAUAUAUUUGAUAGCGUAUAUUUCUUUUUCUCAUAUGUAAAAUAGAUUCCGUAGAGAGUGGUAACUGCUAUGCAGUCUUGAUGCCAUCUGAUCUCUGAUGCAGCUCAGAUUCCAUCACACUUAAUACAUGUUUUUUGCAACAUGUGAUCUAAAGGUGGAAGAAUGUAUGUCUCUAUAUUAGGGCUUACAAUUUGAUUCAUUCAUUCAUUGCAAGGGAGCGCUUUGUCCUGGUCAGGGUCAUUGUGAAUCCAGAGUCUAUGCUGGGAAGACUGAGUGUGAAGCGGGAAUACGGAGCAAACGGGACAAUAAUCCAUCGCAGGGCAUCACGCACACUUGACACAUGCACUAGGGGCAUUUUAGCAAAGUUAGUCCACCUUAAAAAACACCUGGUUUGUGUUUUUGGGUGGUGGAAGGAAAACAAAGAACUUGUAGGGAACCCAUACAGAUAUUGGGAAAAAAAUGUGAAACUUCACACAAAGCUCAGGAUUGAACAGGGAGCUAUAAAGAAACAAUGCUGAAGGCUUGAAUAAUACAGUAUGUCAACCUCAAAGUGACCAUUUAAAGGUUUGUGGUCCAAGUAUGCAAAUCUAUUCUCAGCAUCCUCACACUUAAGAUAAAUUGGAAAAUAAAGGAACCAUAAGCCAAUUUAAAAGCCAUUGCUGUGUUCAAAAUUGUAUAAUUGUACUGUAAAGUAGCAUGUCCUGAUGUAUUUAUUAUACAGUACAUACUAUCCCUCAUGUUUUUUGUUUUUUGUAUAUCAAUGAUAUAGCUACCUGCUUGUCCAGUUCCCUAGUACCCAAGCAAGCUAGCCACAACGUACUAAUAUUAGUUAUAGGACUAACUAGCCAUUUAGUCUUUGUUGACAGAUGUUAGUUACAGUAGCAGUAGAAUUCAGUUUUUAUGUCAUUUCAGUUAUAUGGAGGGGUUAAAAAAACAUCAUAACAUAACAUGUUACAUGUAUAGUUGCUGCUGCCUUCUUCAUCAUAGAUUUAAGUUUAUUUUUUAGCUUAUUUCCAUCUAGGCAUUUUUGGUACUGAGAAUAUAAAUGAAUUACUGUAGUUAGAUACUGCAUUCAUAAAUAAUAGUAGGUUCAGUAAAUACAUGCCAUUACAAACAUAGUCCAUGGCUUAAGAGAUGUCUUUAAUGUAAAUUUAAGAUGAAUUUAAUAGAAAGGCGUUACUGUAGGAUGCAUCAUAGGGAGAAUUCUGGGUGUUUACAUUUGAGCUAAUGGGAAAAUACAAAGCACUCAGAUUUUUUUUUUUUUCAUUGUAUCUAGAAAACCUUCAAAUGAAUAUUCACAUAAAAAGCAGUCACGCAACAUUAGUGCAUUCGGUUUAAAUGCCAGGAACAGAAAUAUUACCAUACUGUAUCAUGCAUCCAGCAGACCGCUUUAAACCCAUGACCUUCUGAUCAUUAGGUCAACAUUUUAACCACUGAACUGCUCCGAUAGAUGUGAUGUCAAAGGAAACUACUGAACAACGUGGUGGUGUGAAUUAGUUUUACCACACCAGUAUCGAUUAUGUUCCUUUGACAGCAUGCGUUAUUCUUUAUAUACCAUAGCAUUCUCUUGAAAUGGUUUAAAAAUAGUUAGUUGCCACUACAGCUUUAUUUCUAACUGUUUCACUGACAUUAAAGAAAAACAUGUGCCCAUUAGAACUUUGCUCUUAUUAUUUGCCUGUUAAGCUGAUAAGUGGUUCGAAAAUGAGGAUUUGCAUACAGGAAAUCCUUUGUCUGUCAUCUUUUGAGACCAUGGAACGAUUGUGUUUUGUUUUUUAUAUUGCUGUAUCUACCAUAAAAACAUGACUGAAUAAACAUGACUGUUAAACCUUGA